AUGGGCACAUUUGCGCAUUGUUGUGGCAUCAACAUGGGUUUGACGCAGACGCAGGGCAUUCCCAAACGAGUGCAUCCGCACUGCCUGGCUUUGGAUGAUGCCUACCGUCACCAGACCAAUAACUUCCGGAUUCGAGCCUUGAACGUUUCGAUAAGAGCACCCAUGCCACUUUCGACCUGGAACGUCUACGUUGUAAUUACGUCCAUGUUAGGGAUCAUCGGCAUAUUCACUCCCGCGCUUGCUUUAUCCUUCUGCGGUAUUUUAGUUGUCGUGGUUUGGAAAUGCCAGAGUUUUCAGAGGUUCUGUAGCAUCGCAUCUAUUUCGUUUGUCAUUUGCAUUGACACGCAUGGUAUGAGGACGUCCAAGACAAGUCUCGAAAUCAGCGUUGCGAGACGGAGAAGCCCUGAGGGGAGGAGCCUUCGGUACAUCUUCAUAUGA